AUGGGGUCCUCUUUCAACGACGAGAUAGUGGACACGUCUGCCGAAAUUGGCAGCAUUAAAUCCACGAGUCACAGCACAGAAACUCCGAAUGGCACCGAGACCCACUCAAUUGAUUCUCAGGACCCCUCUGAUGCCAGAAGCACAGAAUCCCUAGAGCCUCCUAGGCUCAAGUACUCUCGUCUAAACAAACUGCCCGCCCGCUUCUUCACCAAAGACGCCGUCAGCUGCUGCUAUUUCCACGAAAAAGUGUUUAUUUUUGCAACACACUCCGGCUUUGUCCACCUGGCCCGACCAGACUUCACACCACUGCGCACCAUGAAGACCCAGAGAAGCUCCAUCUUGUCGCUGCACAGCGACGGCGAGUACUUUGCUGCCGGGUCGAUCGACGGAACGGUGGUAAUCGGGUCGGUUGCGGACGACAAGGACAUCAUAGCCUACGACUUCAAGCGGCCCAUACACGCCGUGGCACUGGACAAGAACUACAAAACAAGUAAACUCUUUAUUUCUGGCGGGACCAGCGGAAAUGUGGUGUUUUCGUCGCGCAAUUGGCUGGGCCAAAGACAGGACACCGUGGUAGACGGGGGCAGCGGGGCAAUCACACUGAUACAAACGAUAAACGACCUUGUCAUCUGGACAAACGACUCUGGCAUCACGGUAGCCCAUAUUCCUACAAAGACCGUCAUUUUCCACGAGACGCUGCCCAAAAACUUUCCCAGGCCAGAGAUGUUCUGGCCGCGCUUCCACCAGACGGACCCCGACCGGUUUCUGAUUGGCUGGGUCAACCAUGUGUGGUCGUUCAAGAUUUCUGUCUCGAACUCUGGCUCCAGCAUUAUUUCGUCUGCUGCGUCGAGUUUUCGGUCGAUCGACAAAAAAGUAGCUUUGGAGCACCAUGUUAUCCUGGAGGACACGCUGAUUGCGGGCAUUUCUGUGUUCAACGACGAUCUGCUGAUCUUGAGCUACGUGCCAGACAACGAGCCUCCGGAGCUGAAACUUGUUCACCAGCUGACGUUUGAGGAAAUUUCCGUGGACCAGGUGGCCAUGAACAGACGCACUAAUCUCGGUCUAAACGACUACCAUCUUUACCAGCACGGGUCGCAGUGGUUUCUGGUUUCUGCCGACGAUUGCGUUGUUGUCCAGCCGUACGGACUUCACGACCAGCUGACGUGGUACACUGCGCGCGGAGAGUACCUGGAGGCAUGGAAGAUCAGCGAGAUGUGGCUGGCCAGAGACGAGCGGCUGGACAUAGCGGAGCGACACAUGGAGAAGCUAGUUGGUGGGGACAAAUGGCCGGAGGCAGCCGAGUUUCUAAGCGAGAUGCUGGCUCUUGCUGGAGACGAGGAGCCGGAGUACGUUCAGCGGGUUGCAAGUUGUUGGAAUAACUGGAUUGAGCGGUUUUCAGAGACAGGCCACCGAGACCUGCUGGUGGACCGUGUUCCGCGUGUUCCUGUCGGGGACUACCUGGUGUGCUCCAGGCACUAUAAUUCGAUUUUGGAGCAGCUUCUGGAGCAGCAGGAGUUUUCGAAAGUGCUGUCGCUCGUUGGAAAAUGGGACCACGGUCUCUUUGACGUGGAGACGCUGCGAGACCGUUUGGUGGAGGAGCUCGAGGAGACCGGCGAGCAGGAGGCCUCUGUGCGUCGGGUGAUAGUCGAUCUGAGUGUCGAGCUGGACGAGAUGGAAAAAUGCGUCGACCAUUUGAUUUGGCUCAAGGAUCCAGGAAUCAUGCUCUUUGUGGACGAGCACCAUUUGCUGCUGACGAAUCUGGACAAACUGCCGGCCAUUGUGACGCUGAGCGCGGCCGGGAAGCCGCUGACGGCGGAAACCCUGGCCACGACGGUUGCAAUUCUGGUCGAAAACAGCCACGAGAUCCUGCCGCGGCAGAUCGUCGACACUCUGGACGCUGCCGGGCUCGACUACGUGAGUUUCCUGUACUUGGACGCGCUCGCGGCGAACGACAAGCUGCUUGUCAAGGACUUUGAGGACGAGAUGGUGAAACUGUACGCGUCGUUCAACAGAGACCACCUGCAGCAGUUUCUGAGCCGCCAUUACAGCUACUCUGUGGAAAAAGCGAUUUCCGUGUGCGAGGAGCAAAAGUGCGUCUCGGAGCUGGUUUAUUUGCUGAGCAAGGUGGGCGAGAACAGGAAAGCGCUCAAGCUGAUUGUGGACGAGCUGCGCGACCCGGAAAAGGCGAUUUUGUUUGUGAGCGAGAGCGACGACAGAGAGCUGUGGGACUUUCUGCUGGACUACUCGAUGGACCGGCCGGCGUUCAUCCAGACGCUCGUGGUGGCUGCGAGCGACCUGAUCGACCCGAUACCUGUGAUCUCGCGGAUCCCGCGCGGCGUCGAGAUCACGGGGCUGCGCCAGGCGUUGGUGCAGAUCUGCGGCAACAUCCAGAUGGACCGCCUGGUGCACGGGCUGAUAGCGCGGCUGAUAGCGGCCGAGUCCAUGGAGCUCACCGGCCGGUACAUGAGUCUGCGCGCGCAGGGCACGGUUUUCGAGCUGGACCGCGUGCCGGCCGAGACGCUGGUGUGCCGCAACGGGCUGCUGGCCACCGAGGAGCAGUUUCUGGGGCACCGCUGGAAAGGCUCUGCGGCGUCGGUGGCAGAGAAGAUAAACCACGUUGCGUACAUCCGGAGACACAUUGGGCGCUAA